AUGGCGGAGAAGAGUGUGGAUGGCAGCUGGCGCGGCCCAGAGCUGACGGGCGGGUGUCCAAAGCACCCGACAUGGCCGGCCAACCCGCAGUUUACCCUCGCCCCCUCUACUGCCGGCGAUUGCAUCGCGCUGCUGCCGAUCGGCCUUGUGGUGCUCAAGGGGAAGCUGGGGGUGCCAGUCGGGCCGACGAUGAGCAGCUCUAUGAUCGUCACAAAGUCAAAGUACAAGGCCUCCGCCGCGCAGCGGGUCACCUUUGCUUGCCCACCGCUCGGAGAGGGUGAGUGCUACGUGAUCCUGGCAUCGACCUUUGAGCCCGGGCAGGAGGGAGAUUUCACCCUGGGCGUCGGCCACGAGGGCGGCGACUUCACGCUAGAGCCUCACCCUCGGUCGGCUACGCCGCUACCAAAACAGCCAGCCGCGGCUCCCUCGGCGCAAGCCAGCAGCGGCGCGGCGGCAUCCAUUGGCGACGACCCCGCCAUCAAGUCUGCGCUUGCCGAGCUGGCAGAGCAGCAGGGCCGAGGUAAGACCGUGUACGAGGACGGCUCCUUCAACUGCGCCGGUAAAGACUCGAAGACGCUCUACAUCUCCGGCGCACCUGCCGCGCGCUCAAAAAAGAUUGACGCGUGGGCCCGCCUGCACGCGCUCUCGGGUGGCGGCGACCUGGGUGGGACGUAUGGCAAGCCGGGCACGCUGAUCAUCCCGCGCGACGGCCUCGAGGAUCGGCAUAUCCUCGGCGCUAUUGCAAUGGUUCGCUCGCGGCCGGGGCUGCUCGGCCGCGUGCUCGCUUGGUCGCAGGAGGGCGCGGGGAUGCACGGGCUGCGUUUCUUCAAGGACGGGCGGUGGCAAACGGUGGUCGUGGACGAUCUCCUCCCGUGCCACGGCAAGCGCCAGCUCGCCUACUCCUCGGAGGGCGAGCCGCGCGAGGGGCCGGUCGCAAUCAUACUCAAAGGCCUCGCGAAGAUGUACGGCUGCUACGAGGCCAUGUCGGGCGGGCGGGUGGGCGCCUCGCUUGAGGACCUCACCGGCGGCUACUCAGACAAGAUCUACCUCCGCGACGGUCCCUUUCUCGGCGAGAAGCAGCAGCAGGUCACACCGUCAGCGGACGUCACCUCCGGAGUGAUGUGGACCCGCCUCUCUGGGCUGCUCUCAGCCGGCCAUCUGCUCGGCGCAACCUUCAAGAAGAAGCACGCUGCCGACGGGGAGGUGGCAGCGCUGCCCGACGACCAGUACCGCCCCCUCGUCCACCCUGUCGUGGAGAUGCGCGAGGCAGAGGGGCUGCAGAUGGUGCGGAUGCGCGUCUGCUACGGCAAGCCCGGAGCAGACGGCCGGGUUGUGCCCCUCUGUCAGUGGAGUGGCGCGUGGAGCAGCGGGUCGAGCGAGUGGGCUGCGCAGCAGGGGCCCGCCGCCGCCCUCGGGGGUGCGCCGGAGGACGGCACCUUUUGGAUGACGUUUGGCGACUUUAUCGCCGGCUUCACCAAGGUUUACGUGUGCCGGAUGUACGAGGACACCUCGCGCGCCACACUUGCCGGCGAGUGGACGCAGGCCAGCGCGGGAGGGUGCGUCUCACGCGCACCUGGCACGCGUUGGCGCUGCAACCCACAGUACCGUCUCACUGUGGCCUCUAAGACGUCGGCGCUGCUCGCGCUCGCCCAGCCCGACGCAGAGCUGGACGGCAACCUCGACUCGGACUCAUACCCGCACGCCAUCGGGCUUUACCUCCUCAAGGCCUCCAGCGGCGAGGGAGCGGCGCGGCGCAAGCGGUACCUCCGCGAAGAGGAGCUGCUCGGCUGCUCCCGGUUCGGCAAGUCGCGGCAGGUCUGCUUCGAGGCCGAGCUCGAGCCGGGUGUCGAGUACAUCGCUGUACCAUGCACGUACGAGCCCGCCGUGCAGAUGCCUUUCCACCUGAGCGCCGCCUCGCCAGCCGGUUGCAUCCUCGAGCCGCUCCCCGCCUCGGGCGACUGGCACGAGCGAGGCUUGUCUGGCGCGUGGUCGGUCCAGGCGGGCACUGCGGGUGGAUGCCCAAACAACCCCGAGACGUGGGCGCAGAACCCGCAGUUUGAGGAGGCACAUGUGCAGCUGGCGGCCGAGGCGCAAAAGGCAGCUGCUGAGCAGCGCGACGCCGACGCCAAGGCGCUCCAGGCGCGCGAACCGGGCGGCUGCUCCUCUCCCCCUCGCACAGCACCCCACGAGCAGACGAGCUCGCUCGCCCCCGCGAUUGGCCUCCUCGUCUUCGGCUCGGGCGGCGGCCUUGUUUCGGGGCCUUACGAGGAGCUCGGGCAGAAGCAGGUCGGCGCAUCGCAGUUCGAGAUUGGGACGCAGGAGGUGUCGGCAGAGGUCGCGCUGCCCGCGGCGGGCGCAUACACGCUGCUCGCCUCCACCUUUGCCCCGGGCCAGGAGGCCGCCUUCGUUGUCGCCCUCUACAGCACCGACGCGUCCAUCACCGUCAAGCAGCUCAACGGCGCCCUGGUUUCCGCAGGCAGCGUGAUGAAGAGCAGUGCGUUACGGUUCAGCUCGCGAGUAGGUGGCUCCGUCUCGACAGGAGGCGUCGAUCUUGGCGACCGCGCUCGGCCGCAGGGCAUCGCUGGCCCAGGAGCCGGCACCAGGAGCGCGAUCGAGCCGCCCGCCGCGAAGCAUGACAUUUCAAAGACGCGCGAGGAGCUCGGCGAUGACGGCAAGCUUGGCCACGCGCAGCGUAUGGAGCUCGAGGAGGCGCAGCGGCUUGACAAGUGGAAAGAGAACGUGCCGAUGAUGACGAUCGAGGGGCAGCCGCUCUCGGACAACGUCAAGAAGAAGCACAAGGAGCUUGUCGCCUUCGCCGAGGCUAAUGCGGCGGCCAACGGUGGGCUCUUUGUGGACCCGGACUUCCCGAAGGCGCCGGGGAGCGCCGCGGGCGAAGACCAGCCCGCCGUGUACAACCAGGGCAAGCCGGUGGCUGGCAUGCCUGUCGUGACGCAGUGGCGGCGGCCUCGCGAGUGGACCGACACGCCCAAGCUCUUCAAGAACGACUGGGAGGUGGAGAAUGUGAUCCAGGGCCCGGGCAUCGACAAUCGCUGGCUUCUCUCCGCGAUCAACAUCUCAACAAUAGGCAACCGCGAACAGCUCGACCGCUUCUUCUUUGGAGAGUCGGAGCUGCACGCGGACAAGGGCUUCUUUGUUUGUAAGAUUUACCGUGACGACCCACUUUCUGACGACGACUGGCAGGCGGUGAUUCUGGUGGACGACCGCAUCCCGUGCACGGCCGACGGCAAGCCGGCCUUCGCACGCAACGUGGACCCGUCAGUGUAUUGGGUGAUGAUCAUGGAGAAGGUGUUUGCAAAGUACUCGGGCAGCUACGAGGCGAUGCAGGGCGGCACGGUGACGCAGGGCCUCGAGGACUUGACGGGCGGCAUUGGGUACAAGUUCGACCUCACGCGGGAUGAGGCGGACCGAGGCGGCGUAAAGCAGUGGAUCCCGAAGGGCGAGGUCCCGGAGCGACUGUGGGACGAGGUGAUGGAGAAGAUGAAGACGGAACACGUGGUGGGCUGCACUUGCUCCACCAAGGGCGAGCCGCGGCCGCAGACCGAGAAGAAGGGGAUCCUCGUCAACCGCACCUACUGCAUGGUGACGGGGGGCGACUUUGAGGACAACAAGCUCAUGCGGCUGCGCAUCCCGCUCGACGAGUCGGGGGAGGCGACCGAGUGGAACGGCAAGUGGUCCGACGACUCUGCGGCGUGGAACUCGCGGCUGCGCCAGAUGCUGCACUUCUCCAAGUCGUCGAGCGACGGCACCUUCUGGAUCGAGUAUGCCGACUUUUGCAAGCACUUCACCAAGGUGUACAUGUGCCGCAUGCUCGACGACCUCUGGACGCGCUUCGCCGUCAAGUCGCGCUGGAUGGAUGAGACGGCGGGCGGCUGCACCAACUUCAUCUCAUGGCGCAACAACAACCAGUGGAUCCUCAACAUCACGCGCCCAAAGACCAAGCUCGUCAUCAAGCUCACGCAGCCCGAUGCGCGCAAGUCGGCGGGCCACGGCCGGCACUAUUCGAAUGCCAUCGGCUCCCAUCAUUUUCAUGCAUCGGCGGCUUGCGGGGCCGGGACGCGCUUCUACAUCUUUCGCGGCAACGAGGACCCCACGGACCACAAGCGGCGAAAGCUCGUGCUCAAGGAUGGCGACGAGGAGGACGGCGGCGAUUUUGUCUUUUGCAAGGAGCCGCGCUUCUCGCGGCAGGUGACCGUCGAGUACACCUUUGAGAAGUCAUCCGAGACGCCCUACAUCCUGAUGCCCUUCCUCUUCGAGCCGGGCCGCGAGUCGCUCUUCAAGCUCACGCUCCUGUCCGACGACCGCGACGACGACGGCAUCCUCCGGCCACUUUCCAGCGUCCGGAUCCCCGACUUUGGCUUCUCCGAGGUCAAGCCCGAGGAGGACUGGCGGCGGACGACGCUGCUCGACGCGUGGUCGACGGGCGGCCCGGGCAAUCAGCUCGGAGACGAGGAUUGCGCCGGUGGGCCGCUCACAGGAUCGGUCGACGAGUGGUCCAAGAAUUGCCAGUUCCAAAUCACGCUGCCGCACAAGACGCGCUGCUUCCUCUUCCUUGAGCUGCACGAUGUCAAGACGGACAUGCGCGACGUUGCCGGGCUGCAGACGGAGCCAGACUACCCCACCGUCGGCUUCGUCGUGCUGCAGACGGCGGAGCUGAGGCGGGGCGACGGGCAGUGGCUCGAGCUAGGCCAGCUGGAGCCGGACGAGGGGAGUAAAUACAUCGUCAUCCCCUACACCGACCGGCCGGGCGUGCAACACAAGUACGCGCUCACCCUCUACACCGACUACGAGCACAAGUUCGAGAAGGUGAAGCCGCGCUGCGGUGCCGAAUGCGUCCAGUGCGGCAACCCGACUGGCCUGAGCCGCGUACUCGACAAGCUCGACACCCUCGAGCAGAAGUACGCCGCCCUUGCGGAGCUGGCGGCAUACGCCAACCAGGUGCAGGCGCACGCCAAAGAGCAGUACGACCAGUAUCUGGCCGCGCUCAAGCAGGCCAACGCCGAGACAAAGGCACAAAUCUGCAGCAGCUCGGCGUGA